AUGUUGUGGGUCAGAACCGCCUCAGCCCUCCCACGGGCCGCUGCAGAGAAGCGGUUACUGUCCGACCUCGGGCUCCGCUCCACCGUCACCUCGGGCUCCGAGCAGCGGGCGGAGUCUGGAAGAAGCCGCGGCGGCGCUCUGCGAGCCUCAGCUCGGUUCCAAGCUCCCCGGAAGCCCGGGAGGACGGAGCGUGUCCCACCUGCCUCCGCUGUUAAUGACAUCUCCGUUGACUUGGACCGGACCAGAGAGGCCUUUAAAAGCAAAGACUCGUUAGAGCUGCUCAGAAGUUUGGUGGUUUUCAAACUUUGUUCCUAUGACUUCCUGGUUGAUAACAACGCGGAGAUAAUGGAUGUAGGUAAAAAGAUUCUGGGCCAGAAACUUUUUGAUCAUCUCAUGAAGAUGACAUUCUACGGCCAGUUUGUAGCUGGUGAGGACCAUGUGGCCAUCAAGCCUCUGAUCCAGAAGAACCAGGCCUUCGGAGUUGGCUCUGUCCUGGACUACUGUGUUGAAGAAGACAUCAGCCAAAAGGAAACAAAGCAGAAAGAGAUAAACUCCUGCUCGUCUGCUGCAGGGAAAGAAAGCAUAGGCGAGCACUACAAAAAGAAAAACUGUGAAGCACACAAACAGUUUGGUGACAGUCAGGGCGAGCUGAACGGAGCCUGCACAUAUUUCUACGCUGAUGAGGCCAAAUGUGACCAACACAUGGAAACAUUUAUAAAAUGCAUCAAAGCAUCCGGUGGGAGUUCAAUGGAUGGCUUUUCUGCCAUCAAAGUGUCUGCACUAGGACGACCUCAAUUUCUGCUUCGGUUCUCAGAGGUCCUUGUGAAAUGGCAGCGAUUUUUCACAUUCCUGGCAUCGCAGCAGGGAAAAAAUGGCAUGGAGGCCUUGGAGCAGAGACUUGAGCUGUCACAGCUGCAGGAAUUCUUCAUCAAACUUGGAGCAAAAUGUGACUUCUAUGGCUGGUUUAUUAGAAAUAAAGCAGAAUCUAAAGGGUACAUCGAUGUUCUCGACUGGAACAGCCUAAUAGAAAACAGAGAAAACGCAUCAGAUCUGCUUGUGGUUCCAAAUUUAAAGCUAGGUACACUGGAGCCUCUGCUGCAGAAAUUCACAACAGAGGAUGAGAAACAACUGAAGAGGAUAUUACAGCGCCUACACAUCUUGGCAAAGCAUGCCUCAGAGAACAGUGUUCGCCUAAUGGUGGAUGCAGAGCAGACCUACUUCCAGCCAGCUAUCACCAAACUCACUGUGGAGACACAGAGGAUGCACAACAAAGAGACGCCUGUGGUUUUCAACACCUAUCAGUGCUACCUAAAGGAAGCCUAUGACAAUGUAGCCAUGGACGUAGAACUGUCUAGACGAGAAGGUUGGCAUUUUGCUGCCAAGCUGGUGCGCGGGGCAUACAUGCAUCAGGAGCGAGCGAGGGCCAAAGAGUUGGGAUACGAGGACCCUGUCAACCCUGACUAUGAGACGACCAACAGAAUGUACCACAAGUGCUUGGAUUAUGUGCUGGAUGAGAUUGCCCUCAAUAAAAAGACCAAUGUAAUGGUUGCUUCCCAUAAUAAUGACACAAUAAAGCACACCGUGAGAAGAAUGAACGAGCUGGGGCUCUUACCCUCAGAGAACAAGGUGUUCUUUGGUCAGCUACUUGGCAUGUGUGAUCAGAUCAGCUUCCCACUGGGCCAGGCAGGUUUCCCUGUCUAUAAGUACGUCCCCUACGGGCCGGUGGGUGAGGUGAUGCCCUACCUGUCUCGGCGAGCUCAGGAGAACCGAGGCUUCAUGAAGGGGGCCCAAAAGGAGAGAGAGCUCCUGUGGAAGGAGCUGAAGCGCAGGCUCGUCUCUGGGGAUCUUCUCUACAGACCGGUGUACUGA